CUUUGUGUCACGCAUAUAGACGGCUCAUCUCCCCUUUCUUCGCCGCCUCUUUGGUAGAACUUUCAGACAGUAUUUCCGUUUCACAAGAGUCGAAGCUAUUCCCAUCCUUCUUUAAAAAUGGGUAAUACCCUUCUCAACCCUUGCAGCACGACCGCUGCGGCAGUUUCUGGACAAAUAUUGGCUUGUGAUAAUGGUUUAACGACGCAACAAGGGGCAUGUACAUUCAACCCUUUCUUCCUCCUCUUCACAACGUCGGCUCAGGCCUGCCUGUGUCCAGCUGGAUACUACCUGACGUAUAACCUUACCGCCUCCCCGGAUAUCGAUGUUGACUGUACAAGCAUAUCAGGCACACCUUGUCGUUCUGAUUUGGAUUGCAACUCCAGGGCCUCGGACUGUUUGGGUAUAUCAUCGUUCAGUCAAGUCAACUUCGAUGGCAGCGGUACCACGUCUACUGUCUCCCAAGACAUUGUAGACUUUCUCUUACCAGCUGUAUCUUUGAUAUGCAGCUUCAAUGAUAUAUACUUGGUGUCGAGAAUACCCGUUUACUUUUGUGAUGGGGCUGCUAAUGCGAUAGGUCGAUGCGAAUCAAUCGAAUCUGGCCCAUAUCAAACUCCGCCAAUAGAUGUACCGUUCUACCAGAAUAUCACACUUACCCAGGGAGUGAUUCGAGAUCUCAACCGCCGACUGCUUUUCACGAGAUAUCCCGUGACGUACAACCCAAGCGACCCGUUGACCUUUUCGUCUGUCAACGUACUGAGCGGACUUAUUCCCUGA